CCGGAAGUGAGCUGAGAAGUCACGAUGGGCACUCGUUUGAAGGUCCUGAAUGUGUUUAAAACACUGCACAGAACAAGGAUGGUCGUAUUCAAAGAUGAUGACAAAGGACUGACGGCUGCAAGGUUAAAGAUCAACGAGGAGUUCCGGAAAAACAAAAAUGAAACGUCAGAAGAAAACAUUCAGAAGAUGAUCCAAAUGGCCUCAAAUGUGGAGGUUGUUCUUCGAGAGGCUGUAUUACAAGUGGAACAUGUUGGAGAGAAAAAGCUUUUGCUUCGACCCAGAGAGAGCCUUCUACUAGAAAAUGUACCUUAUUGUGACCAGCCCAGGAAAAAGUCCUGACAGACCAUCUGAUAACGUAUUUUUCAUCAAAAAACAGACUCACAACCAUCCAUGUGCAUUUUCAAGAAAUCAGCCAAAACAGCAUUUCAAGUUUUUUAGGAUCUCCUGAACAUUUAAACAUUUUAAAUAUCACUGCUACAUGAAGAAAUGUUCUGCUCUAAGAAAUCCGUGAAGUAAACUGAAUGCCAUUAUUUAAUGUACAGUAUUUUCUCAAAUGUAAUUGAAAUGUGUUUUCAAUUGAUUUUUUUUCUGUGUGCUUUUCAGUAGCUAAUGAACUCAACUGAAAAUGUUUAAAAAAAUGUUUCAUUAUGUUCUGAUUAAAGAGGAAGAUUCACA